UCAUCCAAUUUGUGGUUUCUAUGUUGGGCGUUUGCCAACUUAUGUAGUUAUGGAUUUUAAUUUAAUAAAAGAUUUAUGUAUUCGAGAUUUUGAUCAUUUUAUGAAUCGUGUACCAUUGGGUAUGAAAGAUAUGGAUAUUUUAACAGAUUGGAUGCUUCAUAGUCCUGGACCUAUUUGGAAACCGACUCGUGCCAUGGUAUCACCAGCAUUUUCUAGUGGAAAAUUAAAAGCUAUGGAUGUUGUAAUUCAGAGUUGCGGCGAAAAAAUGAUACAACAUUUAUUAAAACGAAAAAAUCCUGAUAAAGAAAUAGAAAUGAAAGAGUUUUGUGAAUUAUUUUCAUUAGACGUUAUUUCAAAUUGUUUGUUUGGAAUUGACAUCAACCCAUGGAAAGAGUCUAAUUUUGAAUUAAUACAUGCCUUUCAUAACUGUGAAAAUUUGAGUAUUCUACGUCAUUUGAAAAACAAUGCAGCAUAUUGGUUUUUGCCAGAAAAUUUACGACGAUUUGUAAAAUUAUCGGUUUUAGCUGAGGAUAGUGCUUAUUUUGCUGCAAAUAUUAUUAGAAAUAUUAGAGACCUUAGACUAACAAAUAAUCAAAGACGAAAUGAUUUAUUACAAUUAUUAAUUGAUAAUGCAGCAAAAGAAGAAGUGGAAAAACCUAAAUAUCGAUUAAUGGAUGAUAAGCAUUUAGUAUCACAAUCAAUUUUGUUUAUGUUUGGUGGUUUUAAAACCACAGCCAAUUUAAUACAAUAUGCUUCUUACGAAUUAGCUGUAAAUCCUGAAAUACAAAAUACCUUACGUGCUGAAAUAAAAUCUGUUUUAGAAAAACAUAACAACGUCUGUAAUUAUGAUGCAAUUCAAGAAAUGCCUUAUCUUGAAAUAGUUUUACUUGAAACAAUUCGAAAACAUCCUACAUUUCCCAGAUUUGAUCGGUGUUGUAUCAAAGACUAUAAAGUCCGAGGAAUUGAUUUAGUUAUUGAAAAAGGAACGAUGUUGACUUUUCCUGUUAUUGGUUUUCAUCAUGAUCCAAGAUAUUUUCCCAAUCCAGAAAAAUUUGAUCCAUUAAGAUUUCAAGAAAACCGCAAUCCACACGGUUUCAUAGGAUUUGGUUCUGGUCCACGUAAUUGUAUAGGGCAAAGAUUUGCUUUAAUUGUUGCAAAAUAUGCAAUGGUACAUAUUUUAAAAGAUUUUGAGUUUAUUUCGACCAACAAAACUCAAGUUCCAGUCAUAGGUGAAGAUGGAAACCUUGAUAUUCUUAUACAUCCAACAAUAUAAAAUCGAAUUAAAUUAAAUCAAUAAAACAAAUACUUUUAAUGAAAUAUACUUAUUUAUUUUCCAUUUUAUUAUUUAUGUCAAAUAAUUAAU